AUGUCGCAGCAGCGGAGAGAGCGAAUGAGCUCGGCUUCGUGGGAGCCGACCAGCAAUAACCACCGAAUCUUCCGGACGGUGUCACCCCGGUUCCAUGAUGGUCUUUUGCAGCUCUACUGGGCUCAUUACGGCACCGUGGUUCCAAUGGUGGAUCGAGACUUGUUUGAGCGCUCGAAAAAGACUGCUGACGGUGUGUUCUACUCGCAUUUUCUGCAUGUCUCAAUGUUGGCCAUGGGUCACCGCUUUGCCGACCAGUCCGAACAAGAGGUGCAGAGCACCACCACCAGCCCGGGCCAGAGCACAUUCCACCGUGAAUGUAGGCAUUUGCUGUGGCAAGCCCUUGAUGCCCCGAACAUGUGUGACAUUAGCGCCGUCUUGAUUCUGAGCGAUCUUGAAUUUGGACUGGGCAAUAGUAGCUUAGGGAGGAGGUUUGUCGGAAUGGCUUCCCAGCUAGUAUCAGACAUGGUCAUGGCUGAAAAUUGUAUCUCCAGCGGCCAAUUCCACAGUGAAGAAGCGCGGGUUCAGCGUCAAAUCGUCGUCGCUUGCUCCCUCUACGAUAAAAACUGGGCACAACUGGUCCAUCAGUCUGCCUUUGUCAAGGACCCAGAUCCUCGUUCACCUCCUCAUGAGAGGAGGAUCCGAUCGACUGAGGGUCAUGAGCCACCCCUGUGCAACACCCUCGACGCUUUCGAUGAGCGCGUUUCCAUUGCCACAGGAGAGCUCCAGAGGCUCGUUGGAAGUAUCAUUGAACUUUGGCUCUUGGCCGGGGAUACGCACCACUUGUCCGCCCAAUUAUCCACCAUCUAUCCCACGGUGGCAACGCUGAAUCGGGAGAUGACAACAUGGUAUCAGAACCUGCCGCCAGAUCUGCAAUGGACGUCCAGCAAUCAACAUCUCAUGCCGGGCAGUUUUUUCCUGCUACAUCAGCAAUACAACGCUGCGAUCAUCAGGCUGCAUCAGCCAUUGAGUUGGGGAUGGGCGCAGUCGGAUCGGUUGGAGGCGGAUGGCGAGAUGGAACAAGCCCAUCUGAAGCAUCUGGCUGCCAUAUCCCAGCUAGCUUGCUUGAACCACGCGAUACAGAUCGCACGCAUCUUAGCAGCCAAGCAAUCCCGCUUUGGUCAAAUCCUCGCCCUCCUGCCCGAACUACAAACCGUACUGACGGCGACGAGUGCUCUGAUGGACGGCGUCGUCCAAGCAGCCGAGAAUGCGCAACGAGAUCUGGCUCUCCAAAACCUAAAAGUCAUCCUCCACAGCCUCGAUGCUAUGUCGAAUGCACCCCGGCCUGCUCAGGUAAUGAUGACGAUGAUCCGGAGCUUUCUUAAUCGACACGAGAUGUCGCAUCACAGCAACACCAGCGAGUAG